GUUAUUUGAAAAUCCAUCCAUCGAUGACAAAGAUAUGGGCCGGACACGAAAAAUGCGGACUGACCGACAGACAGACGGUUCAAAAACUGUAUGCCUCCCUUCGGGGGCAUAAAAAUAGGAGGUGCACAAGUUUAUAUCAUUAUAAAGAUGCAUGCAAGGUUUCAUCUAUUUAUAUAGAAUAAUUUUUGAGCUAGGCGCGUCACAAACUUUUCUCAGAUGGACGCACGCAUGCACAAGGCCAAAUCUAUAUGCCCCCGCCAUUGUGGGGGCAUAAAAAAUCCUGUGAACUUACUACAAUGAAUUGUAUAUUCUUCAUACUGUUAUAGGAGCCUCCAUGGUAGAGUGGUUAUGGUCACUGACUGAAUCACUUGCCCCUCACUGAUGUGGGUUCGAGCCUCACUCAGGGCGUUGAAUUCUUCAUGUGAGGUAGCAAUCCAGCUGGCUUAUGGAUGGCUGGUGGUUCUACCCUGAGGUGCCAGUCUGAUAAAGUAAUGCACAGAGAAGCAACUGGGAUUCUUUUACGUCAUAACACACCUCAGUUCACAGAUGAGAUGUGCGCAAAGCGUGACCAUAAAUCCUCAGUGCGCCUUUACAUAUCAAGCUGAACGGACGUGGUCUUGUUCAGUAUUGAUUUUUACCUAAAUCCUUGGUAUAGCGUACAUUUAUUAAUACAGGUAGGCUACAUGUUGGCCUAUUUGGGUUACGAUGUAAUCCAUACUGUUUAUUGGGCGUUGCUCAAUAUAUUUGUACAUUAUAUUAAAUUUCUACCUUGUAAUUGAGUUUAUGACGUUGUCGUAAACUUUUUAUCGUAUAGAUAAUUUGUACAGUUUUGUUACGGUGUCGUAACAGUUUCUAUAUAUUAUCACAAAAUCUUCUACGUAGUAAGCAGAAAAUUGACAGUUCCUGCACAUAUUUUGUGUACGUAGUAUACAAUUUAUACAUGCCGUGCGUAAAUUGAUGACGUAGUGCACAAAUUUACCACAUUUUUUACACAGUAUUGUAAGAUGGCAGAUGCUAUGUUGCAGCAGCAAUCUGUGCAAAAAGAUGCAUCUACGGACACUACUACAGUUAGUAGACAGCAAGAAGGCUCCUCAAAGGGUGCAGGUACUGUUAGAGCUUCUGAGUCGGGUAAGCCUAGAGGGAAACAACCCGCUAAUCCGUCAAAAACUCCUCAUGUAAAGUUGACCACGGCGACUUAUUCAGAUGCAUUUAAUGCUGAGGCACUGUCCAUUUUAAGACAAAUGAAUGCUAACAUUAAUAAAACAAAUAAGACAGUGGAAGAAUUAACCAGUAGAGUUGAUGCCUUGUAUAAUGAUUUUGAUGGAGGUGACUAUGACUUGUCACAGGGUAAUGGAAAUGAUGACUAUGACGUUCAAGAUUGGGAGCAAGAUGACCAGUAUGCUCCUGAUGAUCAGAGGUCUUUGUCUGGAGAUGAUGAUGACGUUUUCAGUCGAUUUGCAAAGAAAUUUCAGAAGUCGGACUCUGUUGCUCCUGAGGUGUCUGAAAAAUUGGCUACUGUUGUCAACAGUACAUUUAGAGAGGGCAUGUCGGAUGAACAUUUUUGUGAUGUGUCUAAGAACAUUUUACGCCCAAGUAACUGUGAAGCCCUUAAAGAAACAAGAGUUAAUUCAGGUGUUUGGUCAGUUCUGAAGCCAACCACACAGACAGAGGACUCUAAGAUGCGAGGUAUUCAGAAUAGUAUCGUAAAAGCAGCCUGUAACAUUGUGAAAAUUAUGGAUAAAGGCAGUCAAAUGUUCGAUGAUGAGAUGUUAGUUUGGGGUACUGAUGCAAUUGGUCUUCUAGGACAUGCAAAUCGAUGGAUUAAUAUCCGUAGAAGAGACUUGCAUAAGAGGGAUAUGGAUCCGAAACUACACCACCUUUGUUCACCCAUGGUUCCUUUCACAGACCAACUUUAUGGUGACUCUAUGAUCAAAGAUAUCAAAGAUAUCCAGGAGCUCAAUAAGAUCAGCAGAAAUGUAGUUAGAGGUGGCAGUAGUGGACGCUUUAGAGGUCGUCAGUUUAGAGGCCGUAGGUUUCAACCUUACAGCAGACGAGCACCUUCUGGGCGUAUGAGAUCUGGUACUGGUAGAUCCCGACAAGGGAUGAGAGAUCAGAAGAAGUCUACCACUUUCCAGGCAGCCUAAUUCCUCGUGUGUUGAUGAAGCUGAGAGAGGAUGCAGGCGAGUGUAUUCUUGUAGCUCCUUUGUGGACGACCCAGAGCUGGUUUCCGGCUGUAAUGGAAAUGUUGAUUUCCAGUCCUUACAUUCUUCCGAAGGAACGGAAUUUACUGACGUUACCAGGAAUGGUGAAGGUACACCCUUUGUACAAAAAACUCAUACUGAUGGUUUGUCGCUUAUCAGGAGAACCCUCCAAAAACGAAACAUUUCAGUCAGGUCUACAGACAUUAUUAUGGCCUCAUGGAGGUCAGGAACUCAGAAACAAUAUAACAUGUACUUACGAAAGUGGUUUCAGUACUGUAAUCAAGAACAAAUUAAUAGUUUUCAAGCAACUAUAGGUAAUGUUACUGAUUUUUUGACACAUUUAUUUGAACUUGGAUUAACAUACAGUGCUUUGAAUACAGCACGUUCAGCUUUGUCUGCUAUAGGGAUUAU